AUGAUUACACUUCCGGAUACAUUCUAUUUUUUAACAAAUUGGGCGCCAAAUUUUCAUUGUUCUCACGCACGACGUAUUGGCGGUAGAGGUGAUGGUGGCAAAUGGGUCUGUGAUCCGUAUCGAUUGAAAUCGCGUCACGAUUGUCUAAUUUACAGUGUCGGAUCAAGUGGUGACUUUUCAUUUGAAAUCGAAAUGAAAAAAAUCAUACCUCAUUGUGAAAUUCAUGCAUUCGAUCAAAACUCAUACGUAUGUCCGCCGAAUACGUGUAGCUUUCAUAAAAUUACAUUUGGCGAUGGGAUUCAACCAUAUGGUUCGAAGAGUUGGUUAACUGUUGUUCGAGCAUUGAAUCAUACGAAUCGAUUGAUUGAUAUAUUGAAAAUUGAUAUUGAAGGUGGUGAAUAUUCAUUUUUUCCUCUUCUACUGAAUUCGAGUAAGAGUUCAUUGCCACGACAAAUUCUUAUGGAACUUCAUCCGAUAAAUGUUAGUGUUAUUCAUGACUUCUUCAAUCGAUUACGCAACAAAAAUUAUGUUAUAUUCAGCAAAGAAAAUAAUCUUCUAGGUGGUCCAUAUUUUUUCGAAUAUGCUUUUCUUAAAUUAAAUUCACGUUUUUUCAUUCAGUCACACGACAAUAUGACACGUAGAUAA